CAUGUGCAGAGUGACCUAGUUUUCCAAGGAGGGAAAAUGGCCCUGCGUGUUUUGAAGCUCAGCUUCGGAAAGUUGCGACUUUUUGAAAGUUCUUCUGUUUGUUAUGCAAGGAGCAUCCACUACACACCAGUAGCAUGUGCCAGUCAAGAAAAAAUAGUUCCACCUAAAAAGCCCCCAUCUAGUUUUUUAAGUUUCUUAAAUGCCAAGAGGUCCGAUAUCAAAAAUGAGAAUCCAGACAUCAAAAACACUGAACUUUCAAAAAUUGCUGGUGCAAUGUGGAAAUCAUUGAAUACAGAUGAGAAAGCGAUGUAUGUUAAUGCAGCUAAAAAGGAGCUUGAUAAGUACCAUGAAAAGUAUGAGGCCUUCAUACAGAGUCUGUCUCCAGAGCAAAGAGAGAUGUUGGGAGAGCAAGGCAGAACCAGAAAACAGAAACUGGAAAGAAGGAGAACAAAGGCUAUGCUUCACAAGCUAGAGAAACCUAAGAAGCCUGUGAGUGCAUUUCUGCGCUUUGCGGCAUCCAAGAUGGUGGACCGUGGGGAGGCCCCAGUGACGCAGUAUAUGUCUGGAUGUGCACAGAUGUGGAGGAGAAUGCCUGAAGAUGAUAAACAGGAAUUUAAGAAGGCAUAUGCUGAAGAAAAGGCAGAAUAUGAGAAGAACCUUGCUGCAUGGGAACAGAAAGUUAGUGCAGAAGGUCACCCAGAGCUAGUGCGAGGUUACUCACAACAAUUGAAGAAAGAAAGAAAUGCAGCAAUUAUUGCCAAAAAGCGUGAAAAAAUGGCACUGACUAGAGCAAAAAAACUUGCGAAGGCGGCUGCAGCAAAAGCCAAGAAAAAAGAAAAACUGGCUCAGCAGAGAAUAAGGAAGAAGGAGAAAGCUGCAGCACAAAAGAAAAAGCAACGUAAGAGAGCAGUUACCAGGGUGAAAAAGCUUCAAAAAAUAACUCAAGAUGAACCUUGAAACUUUUUGUCCUCAGUUUGUAGAGCUAACCAAGUUAUCUCAGCCAUGGUCAGAGUAGUCUCACCCAAAGAAAAGACAACUAAAGUGAUAAGUCACACAUCUCGGAGUAUUUUAAGAGAUUGUAAAAAUGUUGUCUCUGCCAAACACUGCCAAUUUUAUUUCUUUUGCAAGAUAAUGCAUUCCUCUCUAGAUCCAUUAUUUCCAAGGAAGAGAUUAGGGAUUGAAGAAACAUGGUUUUGGACAAAAAUAAUUAUUCUGGCAAAUUCUGUCUGCUUUUUUGUCUUCAAAACUUGGCCAUGUAACUCUUUUUGUAUUAAGGAAUGGAUUUGAUUUUAUCUUUAUGUAUACAGGCUUGUCUUUCAUUUUCUGUUUUAUGUAAGUCUUAGUAGAAGUUGUGAGACACCUGUCAUUUAUGUUAUUAUCCAGCAAUGAGUACUUGUAGCUAUAUAACUGCUAGUUCAUCAGCAGUCAAGUUGACCGAGUCAGUGGAAACUUAAAAUUGUCUAUUUUAACUUUAUAUCACAUUGAAUGCCAUCAUCUAUUGUCAGAUAUUACACCUUCGAUUUGUAGAAUAAGUGCAAUUUUUGUUUUUAGGAAACUGGAGAAAUAUCUCAUUGGGGGGUAUUUUAUGCUAUCAAAUUAUCAGUUCAAAUUAAUUGACAGCUUUACCAUUUACAUGCCUUCAAAACGACAUAUCAGUACCAACUUUCAGUAUUAACACGGGGGAGGUAGGGGAGUAGCUGAUGUGUCAAACAGCACAUUGAAAAUCUAAGGGUGCAUUCCCAGAGAUUUAGUUUUAGAUCAACCUAACUCCCUGGGGGUUCAUGCUAAAUUGCAGUCAG